GCCCUGAGAGCGCGCGCCGCCGCCGCCGCCGCCGCCGCUGGCCCCCCUUCCCUCCCGCAUGGGGGGUGCCUGAGACUCCGAGCCUCUCUUCCCCCUCCCCGUAGGGCGGCUUGCUCUGGAACCCAGCAGAGAUGACAGAAUACAAACUGGUGGUGGUGGGUGCUGGUGGUGUUGGGAAGAGUGCAUUGACUAUACAGUUGAUUCAGAAUCACUUUGUGGACGAGUAUGAUCCCACUAUAGAGGAUUCAUACCGGAAGCAAGUGGUAAUUGAUGGAGAGACGUGUCUCUUGGAUAUCUUGGACACAGCUGGGCAAGAGGAGUACAGUGCUAUGCGUGACCAGUACAUGAGGACAGGAGAAGGCUUCCUCUGUGUCUUUGCAAUCAACAACACAAAGUCUUUCGAAGAUGUUCACCACUACAGGGAGCAGAUCAACCGUGUGAAGGACUCCGAUGAUGUUCCAAUGGUGCUUGUUGGCAAUAAAUGUGAUCUGCCCUCCCGGACGGUGGAUACGAAACAAGCCCAGGAGCUUGCCAGAAGCUACGGAAUCCCCUUUGUAGAGACCUCUGCCAAAACCAGACAGGGAGUGGAAGAUGCUUUCUACACCCUGGUGCGAGAAAUCCGAAAACACAAGGAAAAGAUCAGCAAUGGGCGCAAGAAGAAAUCUUCCAAAAGGAAGUGUAUUAUCCUCUGAAGGAGAGAGACUCUGUUGCACAGUUGGGAGUGCAAAACCCCCCUUUUUGAAUCUGGGUAUUUUCCCAAGCUGCAAGAUAAAUUCUGAUGGCCAUGCCCCUCACCCAUUUUCAGCUGGAAGGCGAAGGUGGUUUUGAGUUCUUACUGUCAAUUAUUUUACUAUUUUUAAAACUGGGACGUUGCAUCCAGUAUGAGGAUUUGUAACCACAUUUGAUGUUCUGUUGCUUCUUGCCCCUUCAUUAUUUUUUUUAAAAGAUCAUCUUGUUUCUGGUCCUUAGGAUUAUAGAGGUCACUCCUAAGUGUGACCUGGUGUAGACUGAUCCUGCAGGUUAGAUGGAAGGGAUAGCACGAAGUCAGUGUCUCAGUCAGAACCUUAGGGGCCUUUCUCAUUUUUUGUAGCAUUUUACCUACCUUGGUUCUCCGUGAGACUGAAGAGGAAGCCGCAUAGACUUGACACCAUUGUCUUUUUAUUUGUUAGCAGAGGAAUAAAGGUAACCUUGGACAGAAGGUGAUCUGCUGAAGGUGGCAAUGAGGAAUGCCAAAAGAGAAAAUGUGGAAAGCCAAACCCUCUCUGUAGCUGAAUAUUUCAUACCACUAUUAAAAUAGAUGGUGCUCAGUUAUUUUUCUUCUGGGUGGUUGAAAUUCUGUAUUAAGUUGGUCUCUCUCUCUCAGGUUUUCAUUUGGGCUGUUAUAACUUCUGAGCAAAAGCUCAUACUUUCAAAUGAAUGGGGAAAUGUACUUUUGCUCAGCAAGUUUUAUUAAAAAAAUGUGUGGUGAUGGGGAGAUAUCAACAAGUUAUGAGAGGUACUUUUAAAUGGCUGCACAGCCUCCACCAUCCAAAGGCAGUGGCACCUGUUGUUUGUGAAAAAAACAACUGUUGGAGAUAGCUGAAUAUUUGCACCAUAGAAGUGUCCUAAAUUAACCUGCCUCUGUUGCUCUCCUUUACUAAUUGGUUCUUGGGAGUAUAGCGAUGUUGACUCUCUUUAUAAACAGAAGGGAGGAAUAUGAUCCAAAGGUCUCUUAAUCAUCCCUCUUUUUUUAGUCCCCUGCAUAGUCCUGGGGUUGCUUGGGUGGGUUGAGAUAUAGGUACUUAAAUGCUGGCAUGGAGAGAAAAGAGUCUGAAUUUAUUAUCCUGUUAGUGUUUAUAAGCCAUCAGAAUUACAUUCUGUCAUUAUUUGAUCUUAUUCUCUUCCCCCCCAUCCCACCCCAAAACCCCACCCUUGGAAUCCUGUGUUGAUUUGGUCUUUUUCCAUGGUCCCGAGGAUCUGUACAAUAAAUGCCACCACUUGGAAUAAACCUGUGAAUAAGCUACCUGA